UCAUAAGACUUAUAAAAUCCUUUAGCUUACUCAAUAUCGAUUUUCUUUAAAAUAGAAUUUAAAAAAAAAUUACAGUGUAUUCGAUUAAAUUCUUCUCCAAAAAAAAUUCAUAGUUCAACACAAACUGGUAAUACUAUUUCAUCUUAUACAAAUCAUUUAGAUUUAUUUAAAGAUCUAUUAUUUCCAGUUAAUGAUAUUAAUAAUCAAUUAACAACAUUAAAUAAUUCAAAUAUAGAAGAAAAAGAAAAUUUUCAUUUAUCAAAUCAUGUGGAAAAUUGGUCACUCGUUCAAGUUGAAGAAUAUAUUGAAAAAUUAACCAAUAAUACUAUUGCUGAAAUUUUUCGUGAACAUGAUAUUGAUGGUAGAGCAUUAUUAUUAUUAACAGGAAGACAUUUAUGUCAUAAAAUGAAAAUUAAAUUAGAUAAAGCACUGGUUAUAUUAAAUGGUAUAAGAAAAUUACGUCAAUAUUAUGGACAAUCUUUUUCAUAA